AUGGGACUUGAUGGGUACUCUAUGAUGAUUGUUUCGAAAUACUUUACGUCGAUCGACCAGUUCAUUGCAGUUGAGAUGGUAUGUAAGAAGUACAGAAACUUGAUGGCUAAGUUUCAUUAUAAUCCAAUACCAUUGAAUAAAAAGACGAUGUCGUAUUUUACUAAUUUAGAGACACUGCACAUCUAUUAUAUAACUGAUGACCAUUUCGACGACAUCUCCUUCUUUGAACGAAUUAUUUGGUAUUCAAUAAGUUAUUCGCAUGUCAUUCAAACACUUGAUGUCACACAAAGCAGUGCAAAGUGCAGAUUCGAUAAACAUUCCAACGAACAAAAAGUCACUUACAAACGCAUUUCAUUGCACCAAGACGUCACAAACAGUUUAAAAAGUGUCUCACAGCCACACUCACUCUUCUUUCCUCACAACACAUAUAGUCUUGGGUAUCAUCUCUUCACUAAACAAACUUCAUUGCAGUCAGUGUCAUUACCAGACACCAUCGUCACUAUCGGGGAGUUAUGUUUUUCUGGCUGUGCCAACCUUUCUUCGAUCACUCUACCCCAAUUUCUGACCUUUUUAGACUCUGGCGUGUUCUGGGGGUGUUCAUCUCUGCUCUCCAUUGCACUGCCAUCGACUUUGAAUAUCAUAGAAAAUGGCGUGUUCUGUGGCUGCAAGUCACUGACAUCAGUGUCGAUCCCCAAGACUGUCAAUUACAUCGGCGACUGGGCGUUCUUCUGUUGUUCGUCCCUUGAAUACAUCGACAUCCCAGACAAUGUCUGGUGUAUAGGAGAUCACGCAUUCACCGACUGCUACUCGUUGAAGUCAAUCAAAAUCCCAGAACAAGUCAACGCGACGGGGUUCUGGUGCUUCUCCAAUUGCACGUCGCUCUCUAAAGUCCUCUUCCAUCGGAACGUGUUCGCGCUGAAGUCGGAGUGCUUCUCCGCCUGUAGUAACUUGAAGGUGGUCGAAUUGCCAGAGACAGUCAGUCAGAUAGGAAAUCGAUGCUUCGCGCUCUGCACGUCGUUGACUACUAUUGAAAUCGCGAGAGGGGUCGUCGAGUUGGAGUUCAAGUGUUUCUUCAUGUGUGGCUCUCUAGUCAAAGUCAGAAUCCCAAAGACAGUCUCAAAAAUAGGAAAAUUGUGCUUUGCGGGGUGUAAGAAACUCAAGAAAGUCAAAAUCCCGUUGAAAAUUAAGAAAUUGAAGUACGGCUGUUUUUAUGGGUGCACCGAUCUCAAAAAAAUCGAAACACCCCACCGACUUACUUCACUCGGAAAAAAAUGUUUCUUUGGAUGUAAAAAUUUGGAAGAAAUUGUGGGACUGAAAAACGUGGAAAAUGUGGGGGAAUUCUGUUUCGUUGGUUGUGAAAAAUUAAAUUGGAAAGAUUGUAGAAAGUGCCAAAGUGAGUGA